CAUUUGCCUUCACUCGCUUCUCUAGCUACUUCUCUUUCUUUUCACCACCACCACACCUGCCGACAGGCCACUACUACUCCCUUCUGCCACCAAGUGUUACGAAAAUCUCUCUCUCUCUCUCUCACACACACACACAAAGUACGCAAGCAAUGGCAAACAAAAACUUUCUAUGCAUUAUAGAAGAAAUGGAUAGGCUUUGGUUUCACCAAGCUAUUCUUUUCUCAGAACCAACAGCAUCAGUUAUUUCAUUACCAUCUCCACCAGAUGAAAAAAAACCUGUUCCUACAUCAGAAUCCGUGUCUUGCUCAUCAUCCAUUCUUUCUUCACCACCUCCACCAGAUGAAGAAACUUCAACGGAUGAAUCACCCUCUUCAGAGCAACAACUCUCAUCAGAAUCAAUGUCAGUGCCUCUUCAGGAUGGUUCAAUCAACAAUGAAGAGGAAAGGAAGGACGGGUUGACUAGAAUGAACCUUUUGGAUAACAGAACUCGUUCACAUUCAUCCUCACCAUCAACUCAAAACCGUCACAGAAAAUUGAGGAAACCAGCUACUACUUGUGCAAGGAAACUACAGAAGUCCAUAAGUUGCAGAACACUUGGGGAGCUAGAACUUGACGAAGUGAAGGGUUUUAUGGAUCUUGGUUUCACGUUCAAGAAAGAAUGUCUUAGUCCAAGAAUGAUGAGCGUUAUACCAGGCUUGCAAAGACUUGGUGUGAUGGACGCCACAGAAACGGUUGAAGGAAAUCAUAUCGAAGCAGAGGAACAAAAGAGAGGCAUCAUGAGACCAUAUUUAUCGGAGGCAUGGCCUAUAAAGAGACCCGAUUCACCGCUACUGAAUUUGAAAAUUCCCAAACGUUGUUCAUCUGCCAACAUGAAGAAACAUCUUCGGUUCUGGGCUAAAACAGUGGCCUCAGAAAUCCACCAAGAAUGAGUUAUGGUCAAUACUAAAAAAUAGUCACAAUUCACAAACUUAAGCAAAAAGCUAUAGUAAUAGUAAUAGUUCAUAAUGUUUUUUUGAUUCCAUAAAGUUUUGGUGAAUUGGAUUCUGAGGGUUCACCAGAGUCAUGGCAGUCCCCAGUCCCCAAGGCUUAAUGAACACUUCCAGAUGUACUUAUAGAUUAUCUACCAAUAAAGUUUUCACAUCCUUUUCAUAUAUGAAUUCGUUUCUUAUCAACCAGACCAAACUUUGUUGACAA